AUAGCAGUGCCGACGAGUCUCUGAGCAAGAUGGGACCUAACCCAUCACCCAUCUCUGUGGAUAACGCGUCAGCUAAAAGCAUUAAAUGUAAAUGCGAAAGCCUCUUUGAAGACUCAGAAGAAGGGAUUAAAUCCGCAAAAUCUGCAUUAGACCCGAAUCCUCUCCGCCAGCUGCACGCCGCUCGCAGCUGCCUCACAAUUUCACGAAUCAGUCCGUUUAAUGCCGAUCUUCUGUAAAUGUCAUUUUCCUUUAAGAUGAUGUAAGACAUUACUUCAUGGGACGAUUUUCACUCUCUCUCUCUCUCUCUCUCUCUCUCUCUCUCUCUUUUGUUUUUUUUUCUCUCGCAUUCUCUGUCGCGCACAGCUUGGAGCAACAUUUGGUUUAACACCGGAACAAACGUUUCCGCGCUCAGCAGUUUUGGGGAGAUGCGUGUGCACAGGAGUCGCACCUUCACCCUCCUCUCUUUAAGCAACCUCGGACCACGCUUCAGCAUCCGAGUUGUCCGGAGCGACGCUUGGUAGCAGAAUGACGGGAUGCACGCACCCUCUUCAAAUCAUUUUGGGCUGAUUAAAGCAGACACCAGACGCAGGACGGCGGAGCUUUCGCCAGAAAACUUAGAUAAACGAAGAAGAAAAUUGUUAUGUUUUUUUUACUUUUGGGAAAUUUCAGAGAAAAGUGAGAAUUGCAUAGCUUUAAAAUCCCAGUAAUGACCCAACGCAGUGGAUGCGUGUAACAUGAUGCGCUCGCUGCUUUUAUUUGCUUCUGUUCAAAAAGGACACACCGUGUGCAAGCACACUUACGCAUGGGGUUAAAGGAUGUACUGUGAGCACACCUUGUGAGUCUUUGUAAUGGGACACUGGAUAAAAGGACUGCAGCUUGAUUCAAGACUAUGCGUUUGGGUCUGAGGGCGUCAACACCAUGCAGAUAAUCCCCACACUCUGAACUUCUGGGACGUUUGCGCUUCGUGAUCGAGCCUCGGAUUUCGUACAAUAUCUGGAAAAAUGGCACUGAGCGAAAACUGCAAAACGCAACCUGCAAAAGAGCAAGUGUCGGUGCAAAAUACUCCAUCUGAUGUAAUUGAGUUAAACGUGGGUGGACAGGUAUAUUACACUCGCCAUGCCACAUUAUCAAGCUUUCCAAAUUCGUUACUUGGCAAGCUGUUCUCUAACAAGAAGGGGUCUUCAAAUGACCUGUCCCGGGAUUUUAGAGGGCGUUAUUUUAUUGACCGAGAUGGCUUUCUGUUUCGCUAUGUAUUAGAUUAUCUUAGAGACAAGCAAGUUGUCCUCCCCGACCACUUCCCCGAGAGAGGAAGAUUGAAAAGAGAGGCGGAAUACUUUCAGCUGCCAGAUUUGGCCAAACUUUUGUCGUCCGAUGAUUCCAAACUGUUACCAGACGACUUGUACAACAGCGACUUGGAUGAUGCGUCGCAGGGAAGCGACCAGAGAUUUUACCCCUCUUACUCCUCGGACCGGAGGUAUGGCUACAUCACGGUCGCGUUCAAAGGCGUGUGCGCUGGUGGAGGCAGAGAAAGUCAAAUUGAUGUCAAGACGAAAAAGUUGUCGAAGAUCUUCAUCAGCAGUAGGAUUGGUUUGGCAAAAGAGGUAUUUGGAGACGCCCUGAAUGAGAACAGGAACUUGGACAGACCACCGGACCGCUACACCUGCAGGUUUUACCUCAAGUUUAGGCACCUGGAGAGGGCUUUUGACAUGCUGUCAGAGAGCGGCUUUCACAUUGCGGCCUGCAAUUCGUCCCUGACUGCGUCCUCCAUCGGUCAUUACGCGGAUGACAGGGUCUGGUCCAAUUACGCGCAGUACAUCUUCUACCGUGGGCCCUCGAGGUGGGCGUCCUCCCACUGUGAAUGCUGCUGCAAGAGCCACAAAAGCGAGCGCGAAGGAGAGAGCGGCACCUCCUUCAACGAGCUCUCCACCUCCUGUUCUGAGACCCAGUCGGAGGCCAGUUCCCCGCAAGGAACCGUGAUCUGCGGCCCCGUCCGCCGGCGCCCCAACGUCCAGACGCUGGACCGCCCGAUGCCCAAAGGAUCAGCUCACAUGCUGCAUCAGGCGGAGAUGCGCCGCAAGACCGACGUGCUCAGGGUCAGAACCUUCGGCGUUCGAGAUCGAGAGGCUGCAAAGAGGAAAGCUCAGAAGCAGAAGAUGACUCCAGCACAGGAGCUGGAGAAAUGCAUCCAGGACUUCCGGCGCAUCAGGAUUCCUGAUCGCUUUCCGGAGAGGAAGUACAUGUGGCAAUCCGAGCUCCUGAGAAAGUACCGUCUCUGAAAUGAGGGUUAGAAAGAAGGUGGCGGUAGUCAUCGCGUCAACUCGAUGGAGUGAAUCCACUGCAUAGGCAAUACAUUGCACCUUCUAAGGGACAUACCGUAUUUAAAGAAGAAAAAAAAAAGGACACUGCCAGCAUGAUUAGCUGAGCACACACAGUACAGAGCAGUGGGACACAUUGAUUUUUUAGGUAUGCACCUUGUUGUGUGUAAUAAGCACAUUGUGUGAAUCAGGUGACUCCUGUUGGGGGUCAACCAACCUUAACCCCGCUCUCUCUUCAGAGAACUGACUACUAUAUCACUAUUAAAGCAACAAAGCAACCUCAGGGCAACAUUGUUUCCAUUCCAUCAACGUAUCUCACACUGUAUGUGAAAAUGUCCACAGGAGCUGGUUUUUAAAAACGGACGUACCGAAAUGGUGCUGUGCGUUGGCAAUGGAUUAUCACUUUACUCCACCGAUAACACACACUGCAUACAUCAUAGUAGGCUUUGAUAUUUCACAUUGGCACUGCAUGUCAUCUCACCCUUAGCAUUAGUAUGCACUAUGAAACAAACUUUCAAAUUGACUGUUUUUGUGUGAUGAGUAAAAAUGGUGUGUUCCAACUGGGGCUCACUUAAAGGAAAGCACUGCCUAGAUCUUCUUGCCAUUGUAAAAUGAUGUCCAUUGUUGUCAUUAUGUGUUGGAUAGAUGAUGUUGUGUAGGUAGAGUGUAUGCUUUUGGCUAUUUGACUUGAUUGUAAGUGUGCAAAAAAGCUAAUAAAUGGGUUCAAAUUGAAUUUAUUCUUAGUAGGCCUGCAGUCUGAGUCAACCUUGUAAUCUUCAGUAAGCUACAAUUACAACGAACAUGGAAAUUAUAGUUUUAAAAAAAAAUAUGGGUUAUUCUCAUAAUUGGCCUGUCAACCAAACUCACCCCUAACAGAAAUAGCCCAAUGACAGACGUAUCCACCCUACUAAAAAGGCCUGACAAGCUUUAACUAUGGCUUUCUUUAAUCUACAUGCUCAGGUGGUCUUCACAGUGCUACAAUUAGAUCAAUACACCCAAGAGAGAAGAAAAGAUCAGGAGAAUAAGGAAUGGAUUAUAUUGUGUUUACCUGCUCAAGCUGUCGGAGGUAAUACAGUGUUAGGCACCUUAUAUUUGACGAUACAUUAAGAAAAGGAAGCAUAAACAAUAAAAUCAAUAUUUCUCUGGUCUGAGGUGACAGGAUUAGUCAUAUUAACAAAAUCAUUUGGAUUAAAACCAUUAAUAUUCUUCAGUCUAUGUAGAAAACAAAAGCAUCUUGCAACCCCACACAAAA